UGACAAGCACACGAGCAGCAAAACACCAACGGGCCGGGGCCCCCGCGUCGCUCUCGCGUUCCACUCGCACGCACGCAGAUCACGAACAAAAGAGCUCCUGAACGAAGCCCGCCGCCGCACGAUGGCACAUGGAGCAGCAGCAUCAGGCGGCGCCGCCUCCGCCUCCGCCGCUGCGCGGGCGAGCAGAGGCGCGCCGGGGACGUGGAGGCGGGUGCGGAGGGCGGCGCGGGAGGCGGCGGCGCACGCGCUGCUGCUCUGCUUCACCACCCUCCUCGCCCUCAAGCUCGACGGCGUUUUCGUCUCCCGCUCCUGGUGGGUGUUUUUCAUUCCUCUGUGGUUAUUCCAUGCUGCCGUUGUUCGGUAUAGAUUCUCAUUGCCUGCUCCUUUGUUGCUUCAAAAUUACCAGGUGUGUCCGUUAGCUUUGCUCCAAAUUCAUUCUUCCAUUCUGAAGUUGAAAUGUCUGGCAGCAAGUAAAUUAGACUAUUCAACUUUACAGCGGAUUCCAUGCCAUUCCAUUGUUGCCACACCCUUGCUAGUUGCUUUUGAACUUCUUCUCUGUAUCUACCUUGAAGGCCAGGGUGAACCUUUUCUAGAUUUAAAGCUUGUUUUCCUUCCACUCCUGGCCUUGGAAAUUAUUACGUUAGUUGACAAUUUCAGGAUGUUUGGUGCUCUAAUGCCUGGACAUGGGGAAACAAUCACCGAUGAAGAGAUAUGGGAUAGGCUUCCUCACUUCUGGGUUGCAAUUUCCAUGGUGUUUCUACUAGCAGCUACUUCACUCAUGCUUCUCAAGCUAUGCGGUGAUGCAGUUACUCUGGGGUGGUGGGAUUUAUUCAUUAACUUUGGGAUUUCCCAGUGCUUUGCUUUUCUUGUCUGCAUAAGGUGGUCCAAUCCAAUGGAUAUUGGUGGCCCUGUACUGAUAAUUCCUAUCGUAAUUUCUCAAGUUCUCCUAUGUAUGCGCUUAGAGGGUACUCCAUCUUAUGCACGGUUUAUCCCAGUUCGAGCUAUUUUCUCACCUAUACUUUUGCUCCAAGUGGUUGCUGUACUGUUUGCCAUUUGGAGAUUCUUUGAAAGGCUUGUCAUUAAAUUACAAGAUGGAAUUGUUAGUGAAGGAUAUAUUUCUGUCUCAUCAAAGAUUAAUGAGUUGUUUAUGAUGGUACAAUAUGGUUCAAGGCUUAUUACGUGGUCUAUUGACGAAGAUAGCAAAGAGGAACAAGCACAUUUAUGCUAUACAAAUAACAUUGGGUAUAGUACAUUUUGCAGUUAUCCCCCCGAGAUGGUAAAAGAGAUGCCGAAAAAAGUUCUUGUCAAAGAGGUUAUUUUUUUUAAUAUUCUCUGCACUAGCUUAUUUGUUUGCAUGGAGCUAAUUUGUCAUGUAUACUUUCAGAUACAAAGACUUCAGGUAGCAUUGGGAGAGCAAAGCAAAAUGGCAAUGCUUAGCCAACAGCAGUGUGAGAGGCUAAAGAAUGAACGGAUCUUAUGUCGAAUUUGCUUUGAGAGGGACAUCUGCAUUGUUCUGCUUCCAUGCCGCCAUCAUGUUCUAUGCGAACCUUGCUCUGACAAGUGCCAGUCCUGCCCGAUUUGUCGAGUGCCUAUUGAGAGCAAGUCAUCCGUUAAUGAUGCAGUGAAUUCAGACGAUCCAUUAAGUGACAUCGUCUAGAAGUCCACAUGUUUUGACCCUAGGAUUAGAACAUCAACUUCUGGUGUCAGCAGCAACACACUGAUUGGCAGCAUAGGAAGACAAACUAUUCUGGCUUUGAAGUUGAAAAGAAAGCUAGAAUAAGUUUGGGCUCAGAAUGGAGGACAUGAAGAUCAAGAGCCGUACCGCGUGCGCAAUCCCUCUUCUCGAGUGACAGUAUUACAGAAAGAAAGUGCGAGCGGUUGAUUCUCUCUCACCCAUAUAUGGUGCCAGCACGAAUAUCCACUUGAACCACUGAAUUUCCUGGCAAAGGCUGGCAGACGUGUUGCACCUGGACAGUUUUUGAGGAAGUUGUGGUUCUUAACAUCUUAACAGCUGACAGGGGUCGCUUCAGGUUGUUUGAACUGUUGUUUUCAGAGUCCAGACUAUAACUCUCACUUCAUCAGUUCAGACGAGUUUAUCAGCUGUUUGCAGCAAA